UGUAAACUGCCUGAAGUCUGAAGUGAGCAAGUGAGCAAGUAAAUCAGCCGCUCCUCUCACUCUCACUCGAGCAUCCUACGAAGCAACCUCACUUAAAAUUCGUUGAUAAUUUUAACCACGUUCUUUCACAUUUACAUUUUCCGUAGUUGAAAACAAUCAGAAUGACUGAUUCAGAAAGGAUUGCCGAAGACAGCGACAUGGAGUCUAUUGAAGACGGCGACAACAACCGCGUAAGCAACAUUAUUAUGAAUCGUCCAGAUUUAUUGGCUGCUUUACAAAAUCGUUUUCAAAUUGCAAACGUUAUCCAGAACCUGCCAGCCCCAGUUAAGAGACGCGUGAAAGCCCUUAAACAGCUGCAGCUGGCCCAAGUUAACAUAGAGGCCAAAUUCUACGAGGAGGUCCAUGCUCUUGAAUGCAAGUACAACAAAAUGUGCGCCGAGCUCCAUGACAAGCGCAGCAACAUUGUUUCCGGGAUUUACGAGCCCACCGAUGAGGAGGCUGUUUGGGAGACUGACAAUGAAGAGGAUGACAUCGCUAAUGACAUCAAGGAAAAGGUCAAGAUUGAGGAGGUUAAGGACAAGGAUGAGAAAGAAACUGAUAACGUGAAAGGAAUUCCUGACUUUUGGCUGACAAUUUUCAAAAAUGUUGCUAUGCUCGAUGAAAUGGUACAGGAGCAUGACGAGCCUAUUCUAAAACAUCUUUAUGAUAUUAAAGUUAUUUUCCUUGAGUCUGAUCCAAUGGGCUUCAUCCUAGAAUUCCACUUCGAACCCAACGAAUACUUCUCAAAUUCCGUUUUAACAAAAGAGUACCUCAUGAAAUGCGCCCCCGAGAAGAACGACCCCUUCAGUUUUGAGGGCCCUGAAAUCCACAAGAGCAAGGGCUGCACCAUCGACUGGAAGAAAGGCAAGAACGUUACUGUGAAGACCAUCAAGAAAAACCAGAAGCACAAGUCACGCGGACAUGUUCGCACCGUCACCAAAACUGUCCAGAAUGAUUCCUUCUUCAACUUUUUCACUCCUCCAGUUGUGCCAGAUGAUACCGAAGUCGACCUCGACGAAGACAUGAAAGCGUUGUUGACAAGUGAUUUUGAGAUUGGACACUAUAUCAGAGAGCGUAUUGUCCCUCGCGCUGUUUUAUAUUACACAGGCGAAGGUUUGGAAGACGAAGGCGACGAUUAUGAAGAAGAUGAGGAUGAUGAAGACAAUGAGGACGAUGAGGAUGACGAUGACGAGGAUGACGACGACGAAUACUCACCUAACGAUAACAAAAACAAUAAAACAGGUGGGGAUCAAAGAACUGCUGAGUGCAAGCAGCAGUAAUCGUCAUUAAUCGCCAUUUUAACCUUUUUUUUUAAUUAAUAAAAUAAAAUUUAUGUAAUUACCGAUGUCAUUUUUUAAUUGAUUUGUUUCUUUUAUUUUUGUGUAGCCGUCUGAGCAAAUUCAGUUUCUUUUAUUAAAAUAAUUAUUGUAUCCAGUCGCCUCCGGAGUAAUAUUAGGAAGCAGCUAUUUUAUAAAUUUAUUACUUGCCAUAAUCUUCUAGUAUUUUUUAUUUUUUUAUUGAAUUUAAAAUUGUCCGUAAGUCUAAUAGUUUGUAAUAAAAAUAAAAUAAUUAAUAUGUAAUUAAGAAAAUUGUUUCUCAUUCACUGGAAUUAUCUUCGUUUAUGUAUGAAAUAAAAAUUCAAUUUUGUAA